AUGAUGCAAGGCGGCCAACAAUAUUUACCGUCGGUUUCUAAACUGAUGCUGAACAAUAAUAUCCAUACGGAGACAAGUGGACAACACUUUAAUGCAUUGGAGAUACCUUCCUUGGCUACACCGUCUUCUUCUUUCAAUAACGAUAGGCACGGAGUAAUUAGAUUACCUCCAUUAUCCAGUACAAUCUCCCGUCCAAAAUCGGUGGACAGUGCAUUAAGGUACACAGCAGCUGAUACGGGCACCGAAAAGUCACAAUUGUCAAGUUCGAAAUCUCUCUUGGAUUUUGAUAUCAAUGGGCUUAGAUCUAACAAAACUUCUCCAUACCCAUUAAACAGUAUAGAUUUAAAGACUCCAUCCAAAUUAGCAUUUAAGUAUGAUCCAUAUUUGAAUACACCAAAAACACCAAACGUUACAAAAAGGAAGGAAUCUAUUUUGGAUUUUAAAAAUAGUCAGAAACAACAUAUAAAAUCAAAACCAGCAUCCUCCACAAAUUUAAAGUUUAGCAAGAAUCCGAAUACUAAUACACAGAGCAGAGAUCAAUAUAUUAUAUCACCUAUACAUGCUGUCAAAGCAAUUAUAACACCUACGUCUAGCGAUAAGAAGAGAGCAUUCGCAUUUAUUACACACUCUCAAGAAACUUUCCCAACAAAAGAACCUAAAAUAGAUAAUGCACCAUUAGCCAGACGAAAGAGAAGAAAGACUUCAACUCAAGAAUUGAAUAUUCUUCAAAAUGAAUUUGCCAAAUGUACUACUCCAGAUAGACUUAAAAGGAUAGAAUUAGGUGAACGCUGUAAGAUGUCAGAAAAAGCAGUUCAGAUCUGGUUUCAAAAUAAAAGACAAGCAGUGAAAAGACAUAAACUUGCAAAUGAAAAAUUACACAAUGUAAAUGAACCAAAGGAUAAUGACAAUAGCAGUAGUUUUUCCAUCAUGCAAGAUACACAAUCGAAAAAUAUUGAUGAUUCAUCUGUCAUAAAUAACAGCAUACCUUCAAUAAACAUUCCAUUUGAUGGAUACCAUUCCACUCCUAAAAAAAGUGACAUUGAUUCUCACAAUAGUAGCAGUGACAUAUCACAAAUUAAUGAAGGCAUCCAAGUUGCCUCUCCAACUCCAAUGAAAGGGUCGUCAGCACCUAACUUCAGAAGGGGUCAAGCAUUGACUUUUCAUUUAAAUAGAGAGAAUGCUUCUGCGUUACUUUCGAAUACCCCUAGCAAACAAGCAAAAACCAACAAAGAAAUAAACAGAAGUCCAUUAAAAUCUCUUAGUGUAAAUAUUGCACAGAAGUAG